UUGUGCAGAGAGAGGGAAGGUGGUCUUCAGCAUCACCGGUUUACGACUCGCAUAGGUGUCCCUUUAGAGGAAAACUGACCAAGAGGAUUUUAAUUCGGACCCAGACUCGGGAACACCUGGCACCCUGUUCUACCUAAUCAGAGUAGAGGUCUAUUUCUCCGCGUUUUACUUUAGGAGGGCAUGAGAAAGUCGUGUUAGUGGAGGUGUAGAGGUGUUGAGGUUACCCCUUGUCACUUGUACCUGAGUUUGACUCGUGCCUGAUCUCAGGGUUCUUUCUCACAGCUGAGCGCGCGCGGGCUCGUGUCAGUAUGCGCAGUGGCGGUGUGUGGGUCUUGUUGCACUUUUGCGUGCUGCUGCGUGCAUCCGCGGCUCAAGCGUGUGCGCCGUGCCCGCAGCGCGCGUGCCCACCGGUCCCCGCACAGGGCUGUGAUGAAGGGCGCGUGCUGGCGCGGGACCCGUGCGGCUGCUGUGAUCAGUGCGCGCGACUCGAGAUGGAGCUGUGCGGCGGGGAGAACUGGCAGCUGGGAUACUGCGCCCUGGGGCUCACAUGCACCGCUCUCAACCACACCGGCGCAGUUACCGUUCCUCAUACAGGGGUCUGCAAAGGUGUCUCAGAUAUUCCAGACACUGGCAUGGAAGACGAGCGGUGCCCUCUAUCAAGUGGGUGUAACCUUGUGAGUGGGGAGUGCGUUUGUGAAUCCAAACACUCCUGCCUUAUCUCCUUCAGCUACCCAAAUCCAGAGGCAUGCGCCAAGAGCAAGGAGAUGGAAGCCAGACGGCAUGAGAGAGAGCACAAGAACAGGCAAAGGGAGAAGUUUGUGGGUCCCUCAAACCCAGCCUGUGUAUUCUCUGGCUGUAACCUGACCACCACAGGCUGUGAGUGUGCAUCCAAGAGCUGCCUCCCACAUUUCACCUAUGCCAACCGCAGCCAGUGCCAACUAGCCGCAGUGGAGCUGAAAUGUGCAGGGAUCACAUGCCCGACUCUGGCCGUGCCCGAGUGCCCUCUUGACUCUGUACUGACCCGCAGCUACACGCCCCCUGGAGGCUGUUGUCCCACAUUGUCUCCACAGUGCACCUGUGCUCAAUGCCCACUUCAGCCAGAAUGUCCCAGUGGCCACAAAGUUGUAAUCAUCAUUGAGGCCACUGGAGCACCAGGCAACUGCUGUCACUCGUACAAAUGUGAAAAAGUUUCCCCUAAGUGUGUGCACAAUGGGACCGAGUUUACUGAGGGUGAGGUGUACCGCAUGGACUCCUGCUGGCUGUGUCAGUGUCGUGGAGGCAUCUCGUUCUGCUCCAAGGCUGAGUGUGCUGAGCUGCAGUGUGAUAACUUUUAUAUCCCAGAAGGCGAAUGCUGCCCCGUCUGCACAGGUGUGGAGCUGUUAUCAGUUGACAGCACCAAGGCCAGUUGCUGGUUGAACCAUAAGCUCCGGCAGCAUGAGGAGCAGUGGAAGGAGGACGACUGCACUUUCUGCCAGUGUGUGGAUGGCGAGCCACACUGCACAGCCAUGGUCUGCAAACAGAGCUGCCAUAACCCUGUCAAGAUCCCUGGAGAGUGCUGCCCUUUCUGUGAGGAGCCUUCGUAUGAGACGGUGAGCCCAUUACUGUGUCCCCCACUUGAAAACUGCUCUCUGUCAGGACAUGACUGUCCUUUUGGCUUUCAGCAGGACCACAAUGGCUGUUUACUUUGCCAGUGUCUUGGCAAUGAAUCUUGCCCCAAACUCUCAAGCUAUUGCAACAUGCAGUGUCCCAUGGGAUAUGAGAAGGAUGACUAUGGUUGUGAAGUAUGUGAAUGCAGCACACCCUCUGAGUGUAGACCCCUGACCUGCAGAAAGACCUGCCCCUAUGGCUAUGUGAGAAAUAAACAUGGCUGUGAGAUGUGUCGCUGCAUUAAGUGUCCCCCCUUCACAUGUGACAAGCAGUGCAGUGAUGGCUAUAAGCAGAGCAGAAAAGGCUGCAACAUUUGCCUCUGCAAAGAGAGUGAGCGUGGUGUUAGCACUACCACUUCUCCUCCAGUGCACAACUACUGUUUGACUGCGAAUGGCCAGCAGUUUGAAGAGGGCGAGAGCUGGCAUGACGGCUGCAGGGACUGUUACUGCCAUGCUGGAAGGGAGAUGUGUGUCCUCAUCUCCUGCCCUGCACCCAGCUGCACAAAUCCUGUGCUCAGGCCACACCAGUGCUGUCCCAGUUGCGAGGAGGAAUUAGGCAGUGGUCGUCCUGAGGGAAUGGACAUGGUGGUUUGCCAAGCUCCUGGAGACCAGCUUUAUGUGGAAGGUGAUACCUGGAACCUGGAUGAAUGUACCCGCUGUACCUGUAGGAAGGGCCGAGUUCUAUGUGACACAGAAGUCUGUCCACCUGCCCUCUGUCAGACACCAACCAGGACCAAAGGGACCUGCUGCCACAUCUGCCAAGAGGACACACUCAGCUCCCUCCUUCCUGUCGAUAACAGCCAACAAGAAUAUUGUAUCUCCCGUGAUGGAGACAUCCUUUUGGCUGGUGAUUCAUGGAAACCAAACGCCUGCACUAGUUGCAUUUGCAACAAUGGGACCAUUCAGUGUUUCUCCCAGCGAUGUCUAGCUGCCAAAUGCAAAGUACCAGUGCUUCGUAAGGGACAGUGCUGUCCACAGUGUCUGGAUGUUACAACAACUACAGUGCCAGUGAUGUUUAUGACGACAAGCACACCUAAAAGCAAAGCCAGUGAUACCAUUGCAAUUACCGAAAGUGAAGUUUGGAUCACAGUGCAUACGGUGGUUCCUGUUACAGAUGGUAGAAGUCUGAAUGAGGAUGUCCCAACUGAGGUGGAAAUGUCUCUCAUCUACCAAUCAGUAGCCUGGAUUCUGGCUGCCCUCCUCAUGUCUAUAGUCAUAUUUUUUAUUGUGGCUCUUCUCAUUAACAAGAAGAAAAACUGUGUGCAGAUGUCAUGCUACGAUGCACCCAAAAAAACCGUGAUCCUAAAGAAGCAUGUGAACAAGAACUCGGUUGUGUAUACAGAGCCGUCCAAGGAGAACAAGCUCCAGAGCGUGAAAAACGACUGCAGCAUGACCUUCUCACCAAGUGCGAGUUCGCCCUAUGGGGAGCGGAUCAGCAUCCCACGGGCCAAGCUGAGCAACGGACAUGUGAGUGUCCAGCGUUAAGGCCUCCUGCUGGGACAACAGGAUAUUUCCUCUCAACUCUAUUGGUUUCAUACACAUCCAUGGGGCUCAGAGAGCAACUCGCACCACAUACCAAGAAUUCUUCUGCCUUCCAUUAAGAAGGAUCUUUGGUGUCCAGUGGAGGAAAGAAGUCUUGUGAAACCUUGCGUCUUACUUUAUUAUAUUGCCGUUUUUUCCCCUCCUAGCCCUUUUCUGGAGUGGUACAUUCUUCCCAUAGCUCUCAGGAGCAAUAGGAGAAGAAAGCAUACUUAUUUGGACAUGACGCCAUAACAGUCCACUCUGGAGAGAUGCUGGGAUUGAGUUUACGAAAACUUUAACUGAACUUUGUUCCAGACUUCUGCAUCAAAAUACAAUUCUAAUUUACAUAUUUGGAUCUAUCCUUUUUAAUGCUUUAUGCUAGAAGUUUACAACCAAGGUUUGAGUUUGCUCAGGCAAAACUUGACUAGGGUGUGUACAGUGACCCAAAAUGGAGGGCAGCUAAUUGGCGGAUUCCUUCAUGAACUUUGGCAGGGUAAAAAUAAACAGAAUGGAAAUUACUAUGACUAAACUAUAUUCAUGGGCUAUUUUAUUUGGAACACCUGCAUAAUACAGCUAUCCAGUGAGUCAGUGCAUAAAACGAUGCAGAUGCAGGUCAAAAGCGUCAGUUAAUGUUCAUAAUGAAUAUCAAAAUUUGGGGGGGUUGGAGUUUGGUAAGUGAUCUCAGUAACUUUGGCAUGGUCGUUGGGGCCAGUUGCACUAGUUUGAGUAUGUCAAAAACUGCUGAUCUGCAAUUUUGAUGAAGAUUGGCAAAAAUAUUGCCUGAUCUCCCCCCAUCUUCAUCUGUCAGUGAGCCUGUACCCACUGUAAUCUCAGAUUCCUCUUCUUUGCUGAAAGGAGUGGAACCCAGUGUGGUCAUCUGCUUUUGUAGCUCAUCCAGCUUGAACUUUGAUGUGUUGUGCACUUGGACAUACUUUUCUGCCUACCACAGUUUUAAAGAGUGGUUGAGUUACCAUCAGUUUCCUGUCAGCCUAAACAAGUCCGGCCAUUUCUCUCUGAUCUCUUUCAACAAGGAUUUUUUUUUAACCCACAGAACUGCCACCACCACUCUCUGGGUCCCCCCCAACCAUUCUGUGUAAAUGCUACUGUUUGGAAAUCCCAGGUGAUCAACAGUUUCUGAAACACUAAAACCAGCCUCCAUGGCCCCAACAACCAUCUCACAGUCAAAGAAAUUACAUUUUCCCCCAUUCUGAUGUUUGAUGUGAACAUUAAAAGUUACUGACUGCAAAGUCAUCUGAAAUUUAAAAUUUUUUUUUUAUUGCACAUGGCAUUUUACUAUGUCCCGCAAGAACAAUAUCAUGCAGACGGGAGGAGAUAAUUUUGAUGUGCUGAGGGUCACUUUCCUCCCUUUUGGGAUAGAAUAUCCUACCUCUUGAGGUAAACAGCAUGGCCCUAUGGAAAUAGUCGAAUGUGAGGAGCUUGAACUAAUAAGCAUAAUUAUGAAACUGGCUCACACCAAGAUGGUGCAAGACCUGACUUCGAAAGUUCUCAAAACUCCUAAUUAGACUCACCAAUCCAAGACGAGCGCUGCAAAUUCUUCAUCAGAUUUUGCUCCCGUUUCAUCCUUCUGUCGAUUCCAGAGGUCGAUCUGUCCCUUCACGGAAAUUCUUGCAAACAACCUUUUGGUUUCCAUCGCUUUUCUGGUGCGCUUUCUAGCAGAUUCAUUUUCAUAUGCUCCUUUUCUUUUCCGCUGGAGGGAGAGCCGAGUCUGCCAUGUUUGCCCAUGCCAACUUGUUUUGGCUAAAAAUAGGUCAAAAACACACCCCACGGUGGUCACGCGAUAUUGCUGCUCACUUGCUUCAGCAAGUUCCAGAAUCGUAAAAUGUGGGAUGCAUUUUAUCUCAGUAAAACAUUUACCGUACAUACAGGAUACAUGGUGCGUGCAGCAGUGAAACAUCUCAAAACUCCAACAGCUAUAGAAAUGGAAAUAUUUUUUUUCCCCCCAGAAUUCAAAGUUACGGUCAGAACCUUUAAUUGAAGUCAUGCAGAUGCAGGUCACGAGCUUUAUGCAUUGUGCUGCUGUGGCACGAUUGGAUAUUGGAGAAUUACAUGAAUUCAGCAGUGUACCAGUGCUCUUAAAAGUGGUGGGUGAACAAACAGCAGAAUCUGAAUCUGCAAGAGGAGGGGAAAUUCAGAAUCUCCGGUUUUUGACUAAUGAGAUUUUUUUUAAAUUAACCAAGUGUAUUCAUUGUAGUCUUAGUGACUUAUGAUUUCUGUUAUGGAUGUGUCAAUUAAGAACCUAGAGUACAAAUCCAUUGUAGUACAACCUUUGAAGGUUAGGAACCAUCUAAAAAGUAUAUCCUCAGCAUCUGGUGAGCCAAUAAUAAUAAUAAUAAUAAUGUGCUGUACACAUGGAUGAAAGAAUUUAUAAAGUCUAAAUUCUGAGUUCAUUCUCAGUGCACUCGUUGACUUCAAUAAUUGGUUGGCUUGAAAACGUUAUUAUUAUUAUUUUCCUUCCCCCCAUAGCCUACCAGAUAUAAUUAAAUAACUAGAUGAUAACUUUAACUUAGCUCUACUAUUUCUGUUUCAAUACUGAACUAAUUAUCAAAAUAAUUGUCCACAUAAUUGAUGCAGAACAGGCAGUGUGUAUUAGGCACAGUUGCUUACCAAAAAGUUGCAAAAUAUUCUAGGAAAGGCUGAUGCAUGGACAGGGAUUUGAUGUUUCUAUCAGGAUGGUAAGCUGCUUCAGUAAACAGUGUUUCUAUUUGGGUUUCAUUGCCAAGAGAAAAGCUCAAACUUGAGUGUGUUUCACAAUACUUUCACAGUACAAUUUGACUCAGUUUUUCUUGUUCAUUUUUUUCUCCCCCCCCCCCAUAAAGAGUGUUGCAAUGAGAGAGGGGAGGAAGCAUGGAAAAAAUUUGGGAGAAAAGCAAAGCAAGAACAAAUUUUGAUCAUUUUGAUAGCUGUUGGAUUAAAAUGAUAAUAGCCAUUCUAAGGUUGUAUUUCUUAAAUGUAAAAAGAUAGAUAAACCAUAGAUGAAGAGUACAUUAUUUAUUUUUUCAAACAGUUUAUUUAUUAAUACUGAACUAUAGUUUGAGUACCAAGAAAUUUGUGUUGGUUGGAUGUUGACAGAAACCAUAUUAGCCAAAGCUGCUGUACAUUUUUGAUAUCGUAAACCAUUUCCAUUUCUAUCUGCUUUUUGGAAAAGGAAUAAAUACAUUGUGUGAGCCCUGUGUCAAGUGUCUAGCUUCCAGCUGCUUUAUUACCCCAGCUAAAGUAAAUGCCACUUACUGAGGCAUGAAAUAUAGAGAUUUGUGUUGGUACAUUUCACACCAUUCUGCUUAUAUACACAUUCAAAAUAAGGAAGCUUUUUUUUUGUAAGG